AUGCAUGCGCACACACCUAUACUUUUGGGUUAGCAUAGCAUUUCCCUCCAAAAAGAUUGAAGCCUCCCUCCAAACAAUUUUUGCUCAAGUUCGAGGAAAUCGAAACCAAAUCGUCUUCUUUACCAAAGAAAGAACUCAAGAAAUGAGUGAAUCUCAUGCCAUGUCGAAGAGCAACCAGGAUGAUCUCGACCUCCUCCUCUCUCUCCAAGAUAGGGUUUUGGAAACCCCUCCGGCUUCUCCUUCGCACCCUCACUCCCCUUCUUCCCCAGGAUACCUUUCGGAUGAUGGAAUGCCGAAGAGACGGGAACAGGUAGAUAUGUCUGUGUUCCGAGAUGCAGUUGAAGAUUGCUUGGAUUACAAGCCUGAACCCACUAAAGGAUCUGGUAACUUAAACCCGUCGAGGGCAGCUGCAGAGCCUGAUGUUGAGAAGUUCUCGGGUCUGCGCAUAAGGAAUCAGUUGAUCACCCCAACAGAGCUUCAUGAUCAUUUUUCGGACAUCAGAUUUGUUCGCUUACCAGUGAUAAAGAAUUUGUUGGCGGGGGAUACUCUUUCUGGUUGCUGGGCAACUGUUGCUGUGCUGACUGAGAAGGGGAGUCCAAAGACUAGUUCUACAGGGAAGAACUAUUGUAUAUGGAAAAUUGGAAGCCUAAAUGAAGAUGCCAUUUCCCUUUUCUUAUUUGGUGAUGCUUAUCAAAGAAAUUCAGAUGAGAAGGUCGGUUCCACCUUUGCCCUGUUCAACUGCAAUGUUCGAAAGGACUCCAUGGGAGGGUUUUCUCUAAGCAUAUAUUCUCCUAGCCAAAUAUUGAAAAUCGGUACAUCAGCUGAUUAUGGAGUUUGCAAGGGGAAACGGAAGGAUGGAAUGGCUUGUACAUUGGUCAUAAACAAGCACCGUGGGAUAUAUUGCAGGUACCAUAAGUCGAAGGCUUCGGAGAAAUAUUCCAGCACACGAACUCAGCUCAUUGGGGGGAAUAUCAGAACAGCAUUUAGGAACCACCUUAAUGCCGAGGGAAUCUAUGUCGUUGAUCGUCUUUCUGACAGAACAAACGUUAAAAAGGCAACACAGCCAGUGAAACUGUUAUCGGUGGAAGGGCUGAAAAAAGCUUUAAGUGGUGCAGGGAAGGUGACGACAAACACACAUUCACAGGGAAUAAGAUUUCUGUCUGAAGUAACAGCAAAAAUGGAGCCAAGAAGUUCGAAUAAGGAAUCUUCUCUGAAAUCUGAACCCGUGGCCAGCAAGGACAAAAGGAAAUCAUCUGCUGUCAAAGUGGAUCCAUCUUUAUUCCAAAGAAAUGAACGAACGGGCGUGAAGAGGAGCAAAACAGAAGAAGAUUCCGCUAACAAAACUAAGCUGGGCACUGGGAAGCUGAUUGAACUAGAACUCUUCAGCUCAGAUGACGAAAUAUGAACAUAGUCAAUUGAGCCGAGGUCUAGUAGCAUGCCACCAGUUGGAGUACUUUUAAAUGUGAACUCUUGAUGGUUGGGAGCGGCGACUCCGAAACUAGCGGAAAACAACCAUUGGUCAGCCCUGCCUUGGUGCGAUAUUUUUGGGACUUGAAGAUGGCGAGAUUGAACUCCUAGUCCCGGCAUCGCGCAGCGGAUGGCUGAUCACGAUGUGGUCGUCGAGCACCGAGAGUUUGAGACUCCUGUCUUAGUACUUGGACUGAGGUGUUGAUGAUAUUCUCAAACUAUUUGGAUUAGGCCACUGUCAGGAGGAUAUCAUUUGACCAAGAAAUGAACCAGAUGGCAAUGAUGUACCGCUAUUAUACAUUGGUCAAUUACUUUUGAUAUCUUCGCGAUAUCUAGUGCUGUUGAUUAAUCGUGAAGAUGAUCAAUGAGCGAUGCUUAG